GUGAGUGUGUGUGUGGCUGCGAGCGUGUACACAGAAAUAAGAGUGAGCGCGGUAGAAGAAGAGGUUGCACUGUCUUGAAGUGAGUAUGUCUCUUAGGGAUCCACCAUAUGACCCUCCUUCUGUCUCAGAGCUGCAGGAGUUCCUGCUAGCAGACAGAAGACCCACUGGACAUGUCAAUCAAGUCUGGCCAAACCUUUACAUAGGCAACGAGGUGGCAGCUCGUGACAAGGGCACUCUCCACAGUCUGGGUAUUACUCACAUUGUCAAUGCUGCUCAUGGAAGUCAACAUGUCAACACCGGCCCACGUUUCUACAGAGACAUGACAGUGGAUUAUUAUGGGGUGGAGGCUGAUGAUGCAAUACACUUCAUCCUUAGUCCUUUCUUCUACCCAACAGCACGAUACAUCAGAGCUGCACUGGCCAUGGGAGGACGGGUGUUUGUCCACUGUCUGAUGGGUGUGAGCCGCUCUGCUACCUUAGUGCUGGCCUUCCUGAUGAUUGUUGAGGGCCUGAGGCUGCAGGAGGCGGUGGCCGCCGUCAGGCCGCACAGAGACAUCUCCCCCAACCCAGGCUUCCUGCAGCAGCUCCGCAGCCUCGACAUGAGCCUGGAGAGGGAGAGGAGACGGCGACGACAGGCCCAAACACUAGGUCACUUAACCCAGGAGGAGAUCGCACCUUCUCUGACAGAGCUGAGGCAAAUUCUCUGGACAAACAGGAAGCCAGUGGCACCUGUCAAUCAAGUCUGGCCAAACCUCUACAUCGGAGACGAGUCUGUGGCACGAGAUAAAACCACACUCUCGUCUCUGGGUGUAACUCACAUACUGAACGCCGCAGCAGGUCGACACCGGAUCAACACGGGCCAGCGAUUCUACAGUGACCUUGGAGUGGAAUACCACGGUGUUGAGGCUGCAGACCAUCCAGAGUUUAACAUCCAGCCUUUCUUCAGGCCGGCAGCACAGUUCAUAGACAGUGCUCUUCAGAAAAACGGGAAGGUGUUUGUCCAUUGUGCCAUGGGUGUCAGUCGCUCUGGAGCUCUGGUUUUGGCGUAUCUGAUGAUCUGCCGGAGCCUGACGUUAGUGGACGCCAUCAUCGCUGUGCGUCUGAACCGAGACAUUGGACCCAACUCUGGAUUUCUGGAGCAGCUGAGACAGCUGGAGCUGAGCCUCAGGCCCCAGAGCAGACAGCUCACAGAGGAAGAGGAACACGCUGACAUGUCCUGAUAACAACCACAGGCACCUGUUUUAUUGGAAUUCACAUUAACUGAUAAAUAAAUGUCAUGUGUGUCAUCUCUCA